AUGGACAGAGAGCAACCAUUGAUGUCCCAGGCCAAUGAGGAGGGAAUAUUACUGUGUGCAGCCAUCUCAGAAAACAGUGUCCUCACCCACAUCCCCCGUCUUGGUCCAUACAACACACAACAUCUGCUGGGUUUUUUAAACACUCUUUACAGGGACAUAAUCCCUGAGAAUGAGACCAUUUGGACAAGUGUUGUUCUCUUCCUGGAGGUGGAAGCCGGUGGCGACUUUGCCUGGGGACGCUCCGGCUGUGGCAGCAGCCUCUCUGGUGAGGGCGGCCCGGUGGAAGUGGCCGAUCAGGGUACUCCUGCUGUAAAAGAGGUGGGGACGGCGGCGAGGCCGGUCACACUACCUCAGUUUGUCCCAUUCUCUGUUGAGUCCACUCCUGGCUCAAAAGUGGAAGCCAGACUGAAAGUCCGUUUAGCUCGUUUUCAGUUAGAAAAAGAGGAGCGGGAGCGUGAUUUUCAGUUUCGCAGGGAGUUGGAAUUAAAAAAGUUAGAGGCGGACACAGCUGUUAGGCUGCGCCAAGUUGAGCUUCAGGCUCGUACUACUCCUGCUGGCGAGGCUCCACCUGUGUCACUUCCAUCCAUCACUUUCGAUGUGACUAAACACAUUUCCUUGGUCCCUGUAUUUCGUGAGGCAGAGGUAGAAACUUAUUUCGGCGCCUUUGAGCGUAUUGCCGCUGCAUUACGCUGGCCAGAGGAUGUGUGGGCUAUUUUGCUACAAUGCAGGUUGACAGGUAGAGCUCAGGAGGCCUGCUCCUCCUUGUCCGUGGAGGAUGGUCUCAAUUAUGACAAAGUUAAAGGUGCUAUUCUGCGGGCAUAUGAGCUGGUACCUGAGGCGUACAGACAGCGAUUUCGAAAUCUUCGUAAGACAUCCAACCAGACCCAUAUUGACUUUGCCAGAGAGAAGGGCAUUCUCUUCGACCGGUGGUGUGCGGCCUGUAAGGCUGACAAUUUUGCCUCGGUGCGCGAACUUAUGUUGCUGGAGGAAUUUAAAAGUUGUGUUUCUGAGCGUACUGCUGUAUAUCUGAACGAACAGAAAGUGUCCACCUUGCAGCAGGCUGCUACCUUGGCAGAUGAGUUUGCGCUCACACACAAAAGUGUAUUGGCUAAACGUGAGUCUUCUCGGGAGGUUUUGCUGAAGUCUGGUUCGCAGGUGUCAGGAGCUGCUGUUCCUUCUGUUUCCAAAGCUGAUCGGAAAUGUUUUUAUUGUCAUAAGUCGGGUCAUUUGAUCGCGGAUUGUGUUGCCUGGAAGUGUAAGCAGCCUGUUGCGAGGCCACCAAAAGGCGUGGGGCUUAUUAAAACGUCCAUCAGUAGCGAGACCGUAGUGUCAGAGGUUCCUGAAGACUGUUUUAGGCCUUUCAUAUUCAAGUGUUGGGUGUCUCUUGCGGGACAGGCCAGGGACCAGCGCCUAGUGACUGCGCUGCGUGACACUGCCUGCUCGCAGUCCCUCAUUUUGUCCAGUGUGUUGCCAUCUGGUGCUGAGUCUGACGCCAGUGCUGUGGUAAGGGGGAUUGAGAUGGGUUUCAUUCCCGCCCCUCUGCACCGAAUCCAUGUGCAGUCGGAUCUGGCAACUGGUUAUUUUCAUGUGGGGGUUCGCCCGUGUUUUCCUAUUAGUGGUGUCGAUUUCAUCAUGGGUAAUGAUAUUGCUGGCGGAAAGGUUUAUCCUGUUCCUAAGGUCGUUGCUGAGCCCAUUCCAGAGACUUAUCCUGAUGAGUUGGCUGAAAAACAUCCUGAUGUGUUUAUGGUUAGUGUGCUAACAAGAGCUAAGGCCCGUGGGCAGGCUCAGGACCAGGAGGUUGAUUUGGCCGAUUCUCUGUUUCUAUCUGUUCUCUCCCAGGAUGAGCUGCCCCCUGGUGGUGGUUCAGAGGACGGUGGGUUCAGAAAACCUGAACAGGGUGGGGAGCCUGUUGCUUCUGUUGCUCUUGCGGCUCCCUUACCACUUAAUCGUGAGGCUCUCAUUGCUGCCCAGCAAACAGAUCAAUCCUUGGCUAAAUGUAUGGCUGCUGCUGUGAAGGAAUCCAGUGAGUGUACAUCUAAGCAACCAUAUUUUCUUGACGAUGGUGUCCUGAUGCGCAGGUGGGCUUCACAAUCAGGCAGAGCAGCAGUUGAGCUUGGUGAGGAUUGGGGGUGGUCCAUCAGAUAGUCCUUCCUGUUAAUUGUCGCCAGCAUGUGCUGAAGUUGGCCCAUGAACAUUUGUGGUCUGGUCACCUGGGGGUAACUAAGACCUAUCAUCGAGUCCUCCGGCAUUUCUUUUGGCCCGGUUUAAAGGAUGAUGUGACGAAUUUUUAUAAGUGUUGCAAUACUUGUCAGAUUGUAGGGAAACCGAAUCAGCCUGUUCCCCCUGCUCCUCUUCGUCCUGUUCCAGCCGUUGGUGAGCCUUUCGAGCAUGUGACUGUUGAUUGUGUGGGUCCAUUGCCUAGAACUAAGGCUGGCAACCAGUUCAUGUUAACAAUGAUGUGUGUCUCCACUCGGUUUCCUGAGGCUGUCCCUUUGCGAAAAAUUACAGCACCAGCGGUCACGAAGGCACUGCUGAAGUUUUUCACUCUGUUUGGUUUGCCGAGGGUGGUGCAAACUGACCAGGGAACUAAUUUUCUUUCCAAGGUCUUUAAUGAGACCCUGCAGUCUCUGGGUAUUGGUCAUUCUGUGUCGAGUGCUUACCAUCCCGAGUCUCAAGGUGCGCUUGAACGGUGGCAUCAAACUUUAAAAUCUAUGUUGAGUAAAUUUUGUCAUGACAGUGGUAAAGACUGGGAUGAGGGGGUACCAUUUGUAUUGUUUGCCAUUAGAGAUGCAAAGCAGGAGUCCCUGGGGUUCAGCCCAGCAGAGCUAGUAUUUGGGUACAAUGUGCGAG